GUCCCUUUUCUGAUUCCUGAACUCUGGGGCUGGCAGCUUGCAAAGGGGAAGCCAGCUCAAGCACAGCACGGGCAGGUUUACCAAAGGUCUCUAAAUGGGUAUUUUCUUUUUCUUAGCCCUGCCUCCAAAUUGCCAGACGGCGGGCGUCUGCCUCUGAAGUUAGCAGUGAUUUCCUUUAGAGCCCGGCCUUAUCUCCGGCAGCACGUUGCCUGUUGGUGACUAAUAACACAAUAACAUUGUCUGGGGCUGGAAUAAAGUUGGAGCUGUUUACCCCCACUCUAUAGGGGUUCAAUAUAAAAAGCCAGCGGAGAGCUGUCCAAGUCAGACGCGCUUCUGCAUCCGCACCGGGCGAGCGCGCAGAGGGUCGCCGCUGCUGUCCCCGCGCGCCGCCGCCGCGUGCAUCUUCAGGCCGCUCCCCUGCCGUCUCUCCGGGCAGAGACUUCUUUUUCUCCCAAUUUAAAGAGCACUUAGGCGGAAGGAUCACUUUGAGAUCUGAAUCGCCAGAAGCGCUUGGAGAGAACCGAAGCUGCUUUUCUUCGUUUUUUCUUCGGAUUGAGUUUGCUGAGGAGGAUUUUAGUCCUUUUUUUUCCAGAAUGGAUUAUUUCCCCAUGAUUUUCUCUCUGCUGGUUGUGGCUUUGCAAGGAGCUCCAGAAACAGGCGUGUCGGGCGCCCAGCUGAGCGCAGCUGCGGAUAGCGGAGGCGGGAGGCCGGCUCCCAGUGCACCCUGGCGGCCCCGCCGGACCAAGCGCUGUUCCUGCUCCUCCCUGAUGGAUAAAGAGUGUGUCUACUUCUGUCACCUCGACAUCAUCUGGGUCAACACUCCCGAGCACAUUGUUCCAUAUGGACUUGGAAGCCCUUCUAGGUCCAAGCGAUCCUUAAAGGAUUUGUUUCCUACCAAGGCAACAGACCACAGGAAUAGAUGCCAGUGUGCUAGCCAAAAAGACAAGAAGUGCUGGAACUUUUGCCAAGCAGGAAAAGAGCUCAGGGAGCAAGACAGUGUGGAGAAAGGCUGGAGUAACCAGAAGAAAGGAAAAGACUCUUCCAAGCUUGGAGAGAAGAGUAUUCAGCAGCAGCUAGGGGCAGGAAGAAAAAUAAGAAGGUUGGAGACCAUCAGCAACAGCAUCAAGACAUCUUUUCAUAUUGCCAAGCUGAAAGCUGAGUUCUACAGAGAGAAGAAAGUGACCCACAACCGAACACACUGAUUUCAGGUUGUCAGGGCCUAUCUGAAGACAUCUCCUCCCCAGCAUGAGCCUUGUGGUUGACUCUGAACCAUCUCCAUGUGGCUGAGACCAGAGCACAAGCAUCUUCCUGCUUAGGCCAUUUCUUGUUCCAGGCAAAGGACAAGUGUCCUUGUUGGAAAUGUUCCAAAAGACAUUAAGGAUCCCCCAUCCUGUCUUCAUUUGCUUCCAUCAGUGGUGACUGCUUUUGUCUCCUUGUUUGGAGGGACAAUGGACCCCUUCAGAGAAAGCAGAGACACAAUGGCCUUUAAAUUAGGCUGGCCUCCUCCAGAGGGACUCUAGGAGAUUCCACACGUGGGUGGAGUUCCUGAAGAGGGUCCGAAGGGAGUGUUUAUGUCUCACACAGGCGCCUAGCACACUUCAGGGAGAAACUCCAAAGUCCAGGCAAAGAUUUCCUAAGGAAUACACCAAUUGAAAACAUACUCGAAGGACAAACACUUGAGCUAAAAAAAAGGACUGUUUUAAUUCACAAAAUGCAAAACUGAAAGAAACUGUUACUACUGUAAAUCAGGAUGUGUUCCAUGAGUAUGAGUCUACCUCACCUAUAUUGCACUCUGGCAGAAAUAUUUCCCCACCUUUAAUUAUUGCCUUCCCAAGCUUUUCUCCCUCUUGCCCCCAAAGCCCCUAUAUUAAGUCCUAGCCUCAAAGAAGUCCAGUCUAAUGUGUCAGUAGUAGAUAUAACAUUUUCAUGGUAAUCUACUAGCUCUGGUUCAUAAGAAAAAAGAUCACUGAAUCAUAUUUAAGAUUUACCCCCUCACUUUGACUUCUGGAAACACAGUGGUAUAGGGUUGUUUAGGAAAGAUGUUGAAAAGUCAAUAUUUGGUUAUGCUUUAAAGCAGUAAAGUUAUUUUCCUUUAUGUAACAGGCUAAUGGAAGAGGUUGGAUUAAAUUUUGAUGUACUUAUUUUUUUAUAGAUAUUUAUAUUCAAACAAUUUAUUCCUUAUAUUUACCAUGUUAAAUAUACGUUUGGACAGGCCAUAUUGGUCUAUGUAUUUUUUUAAAGCGUAUUUCUGAAUGAAAUUGAGAAGAUGCUUUGUUUUGCCUGUCAAGGUAAUGACUUUAGAAAAUAAAUAUUUUUUCCCUCCUCU